UCCGUCAGCAAGAUUGAAAAACUUCCGGAUGACAACUGGGAGGACGAUAUCACCGUCAACUUGACUGCUCCGUUUAUGGUUAUUAAACAAUUGCUGGGCUCAAUGAAAGAGAAAGUUAUAGUCCCUUUCAUUAAAGAAAAAGAGGAAUCCACUGGGUUAAGCGCAGAAAAAUAUAAAGAUGCAGCAAGGUUAGCACAUCCAACGAAACAGUUCACCGAAGUAGAUCAGAUUGCUGACUUGGUGCUGUUCCUGUGUUCCCCAGCAGGGAAAAACAUGACAGGAACAGCUAUUCCUAUGGAUGGGGGAAUCACAGUCUCCUGAACAGAGGAACAGAGAUAGGCAAGAUAAAAGUUUAAGCAGAAUGGAGGAACACAUACAUGUAGACAGGCAGACAUGCUCUCUAAAAUAAAAAUGAUUCUGUUGGUUUUUGUUUGUUUGUUUUUUAUUUUCAAAUAGUUUGAACAAUUGUGUUUUGUUACUACCAAACUAUGUGAACUUAUAUACUUGUGGUUUAUAAAUUGUAGUCUUUAAGUCCUCAAUAUGUCAUGUGUAUCAAUCAAGUGAAUGCAAGAAAACACAAUUUAUGCUUACAAAUUUAUUUCUAUUGCUCAUGAAAUAUGUUAUUUAUUGAGCAAAAAUACAAAGUAACGACUUCUUUUUAAGUCAUGACGGUUUUUAGAAAAAAAAGUUUCUAAUUGUAAUGUUUUAGAAUUGAAACCUGUU